UUUCAACAGCACCUAUCAUUUAAAGAAUUAAGUAAUCUGAAAAAUUUGAAAACGCUGGAUGUGAGUUAUAAUCAAUUCAACAGCUCCCUCUCAGCAGCAGGAUUAUGUGUACUGAAAAGUCUCGUUGAGUUGCAUCUCCAAGGAAAUCGACUUUCUGGCCCUCUUCCAGAAUGUAUUGGCAACUUGACCAACCUCCAAUUUCUUGAUCUGUCAUUCAAUCAGUUGAGUGGCAACAUUCAAUCUAUUGUUUCUGAACUCACCUCCCUCAAGUAUUUGCUUCUUUCUGGCAAUGAGUUUGAAGGCUCAUUCUCAUUUAGCGCUUUGGCCAACCACUCAAAACUUGAAGCAUUUAUACUCUCUCCUGGAAGUAGCAGGCUAGAACUGGAAACAGAAAAUCCAACAUGGUUUCCUGCAUUUCAACUCAAUUACAUUCAAUUAUCAAAUUGCAACUUAAAUGUGAGAACUAGAGCAAUUCCUAGCUUUCUUCGUUACCAGCAUGACAUACGCUUUAUUGAUCUUUCUCAGAAUAAGUUGGUUGAAACAUUCCCCACCUGGAUCUUACAAAAUAAUUCCAAUUUAGGAGUUAUAAAUUUGAGGAACAACUCAUUCACAGGAACUUUUCAACUGCCCAAUAUCAAGCAUGGUCUAGUUGAGUUAGAUAUUUCGAGCAAUAAUCUCACUGGUAUGCUGCCGAAGGAGUUUGGAUUGGUCCUCCCAAGACUAGAAUAUAUAAACAUGUCGAGGAAUAAUUUCGGUGGUAAUGUUCCUUCUUCAAUCAGUGAGACGCCACUAUCUAUUUUGGAUUUAUCCCAUAAUAAUUUCUUGGGGGAAUUGCCAAGAAUUCUGUUCGCAAAUUGUACCAUGAAUUGUACACUGAUUCUAUCAAACAACAAUUUUCAAGGGAACGUUUUUCCUCAGGGUAUGAACUUGAGAAGCAUGACGAUGUUGGAUAUGAAAAACAACAACUUCAGUGCGAUGGUAGGUGUAGACUUGGUGAAUAGCUCCAGCCUCUCUUUUUUUUACAUAUCCAAUAAUAAGAUAUCCGGUCCAAUUCCUAGACUUCUAUUUAAUGGGAUUAAAAUCUGGUGGUCUUCAAACAAAAUAACCCCACAAACCCAGUCCUUUUCUUUUUACCCUAUCACUGAAGGCAGGAGGUAUUUCAAGCUCACAGUUCAUAGACGUUACAGAAAUGUUAUCACCAAUUCUUAUAUAGAUCAUGUUAUUAAAGAAGGGAAGGCUGUUGCUGUCAAGAAUCGGCAAAGAAAACUCUACACCAACAAUCCCAGUAAUAAUUGGUAUGGAUGGAAAGCUACCAAGUGGAGCCAUAUGGUGUUUGAGCAUCCUGCAAGUUUCGAUACUUUGGCAAUGGCAACAAAGGAGAAGGAAGAAAUCAUGAAAGAUCUUGUCAAGUUCAGCAAGGGGAAAAGCUACUAUGCUAAGAUUGGGAAGGCUUGGAAGCGUGGUUAUCUCCUUUAUGGUCCUCCAGGAACUGGGAAAUCAACUAUGAUAGCUGCCAUGGAUAAUUUCUUGAACUAUGAUGUCUAUGAUCUUGAGUUGACUACAGUCAAGGACAAUUCUGAGCUCAGAAAGCUAUUGAUCGAGACGACGAGCAAGUCUAUAAUAGUUAUUGAAGAUAUUGAUUGCUCUCUGGAUCUUACAGGUCAGAGAAAGCCAAAGGAGAAAGAGGAAGAUAAAGAUGGAGAGGGGCAAGAUCCAAUUUCCAAAAAGGAAAAGGAAGAGGAAGCUGAAAACAAGAAAAGCAGCAAGGUAACUUUAUCUGGGCUGUUGAAUUUUAUUGAUGGAAUUUGGUCAGCUUGUGGAGGAGAAAGAAUCAUUGUGUUCACUACAAAUUAUGUGGAAAAGCUUGAUCCUGCUUUGAUCAGAAGGGGAAGGAUGGAUAAGCAUAUAGAAAUGUCUUAUUGUUGCUUUGAAGCAUUUAAGCAUUUAAGAUAUUUGAAUAUUGAGAAGAUAGCAUACGCUCUACUACUGGCAGUCCGAAAGUUCAGGGUUUAUCUGGAAAGCCACCAGGGAGUAGUAAUGACAGAUCAACCCUUGAAGAAGAUUCUACAUAGACUGGAGACCUCAGGCCGGAUGCUAGCUUGGUCCAUUGAGAUUAGUCCUUAUUGCCUAGAGUAUCGACCUCGAACAGCUAUAAAAUCUCAAGCUCUGGCUGACUUCAUAGCGGAAUGCACAUUCAAUGAGGAGCGGGGAGGAUCAUCCUCAGAAAUAUCAAGAAGGGGAAGUGAGGGAGAACUGUCCUAA